AGAGUGGGGAGCGGCAUUGCUACCCGCGACGCCGCUCAGUUCAGUCGAGUGUAGUGAGUGUGUGAGUGAAGUGAAUCAUGAAGUCUGUCAGCCCUACGCCCGUCAUCCCCAGUGGAGUACAAUCAGGCAGAGUUCAUAGACAACGGAAAGACAUAGAGAACGAAGAGAUACAGAUGUACCUCUCCAAGCUGAAGGAUCUGGUACCCUUCAUGCCGAAGAACAGGAAGUUAUCGAAACUGGAGGUUAUCCAGUAUGUGAUCGACUAUAUUUGUGAGCUGCAGUACGCCCUGGAUACUCAUCCUACGGUCAACUCGGCGGUGGUGCAGGCCUCGGCGGCGGCCCUCAUCAGGCAAGCGUCUCCUGUCCAAGGGACGGCGCCCCAGACGUCGCCGAGACAACCCCUGGGCGUCCUGGCGCCGAACACCAUCCUGGCGUCGCCCGCACCCUGUACCACACCUGAGGCUAUCACGACGACGCCCUCACAUCUUCUAGAGAAGGUUUCUACGUCAGACACGAGGCCAGUAUCAUGUUGAUCAGCUGAUCGUCCACCCCCGCCACCCUCCACCCCCGAGAACGACUUGUAGUUCCUACCACCCCCAGCUGAUAGUGUUUAAAAAACAAUUGAAAAAUUAUGAACAUUUCGUAAAUAUUACCAAAUACUUUAGCAAAAUAUUUCAUUUUACAAAAUUUAUUAGGGCCUAUCCUAAUUAUGUUUAACAACAACAGUUGUAGAUCUUGUAAAUUUCGUAAUUAUUACUGAUAGUAUUAGCAAAGCAUUAUUAUCUAUUAAAUUAUAAUAUCUAAACAGUUUUUUAUCAUCUUAAUAUUGAAAAAAUAUGUAACAGAACAAAUUUACUCUUAAGAACAAUUAUUUAUUUAUAAAGUCCUCUUAAUUAUAUGAUCUCAUAGACAUAAGUAUUGAGAUUCUUUCAAGUUUAAAAGUAUGUGUAUUGCUGGAUAGUCCACAAUUAUUUAGAAGAAAUCGAUUUAGUUUUAUUGUAAGUUAGUUGUUUUCGGGGUUAGGGUGGUCUUGAUCAUUCCAUGUAAGACUUGUAUAUUUUUAGUUUGUACAUUUUUGUCGUCUGUGAUGUCUAGUGUAUUUUGUAAAAAGCACUUUGUAUUAUAUGUAAAUGUUAUAUAUUUGAGUUGGAUUAUUAUAUAUUGAAGAUUAUUAUUAUUUUGUACAUGUGGUUUACUCGCACGACUAAAUAAAUUACCAUAUUGUACAAUACAA